CCGCUGCCCUUGCUCACCGCCUCACUCUGUAUCGACCACUAUACAGCUAUGACCUCGCCUAGCAAGCGUCGCAUCGAAACAGAUGUCAUGAAACUACUGAUGUCGGACUAUGAGGUCACCCUCGUGAACGACAACAUCCAGGAGUUCUAUGUCCGCUUCCACGGCCCAGAGGAAACUCCUUUCGCAGGCGGAGUCUGGAAGAUCCACGUCGAGCUUCCCGAUCAAUAUCCGUACAAAUCACCAUCUAUUGGUUUCAUGAAUAAGAUCUUCCAUCCGAACAUAGACGAGCUGAGUGGUUCAGUGUGUUUAGACGUGAUAAACCAGACGUGGUCACCAAUGUUCGACAUGAUCAACAUCUUUGAAGUCUUCCUUCCACAACUCUUACGAUACCCGAACCCGAAUGAUCCUUUGAACGGAGAUGCAGCCGCCCUCCUGAUGCGCCACCCGAAAGAUUACGAUGCAAAGGUCAAAGACUACGUACAACGCUACGCAACGAAAGAAGCUGCUGACGCUGCCGAUGGAAAGGCAACCGGUGAGGAAGAAGAUGAGGAUGUGGAGAUGAGCGAUAUUGGGAGCUUCAGUGACCCCGAGGAGGAACGAGAAUGAGAAGUCUUGUCGCGCUUCGAUUCGUUACUUCCCGUCCCGUGUCAUUCGCAAUCUUCGCAUCUUAUACCAUCUUCUUAUUUCCAUCUCUUCCUCUUCUUCCGCGUUGCUGUCAUUCAUUCAGACGCCAUCACCUGACGCUUGUGUUAUUACCACUGUGCUGCUCUUUCGUUUCUUCUCGUUCCUUGUCUUUGGUCUCUGGUUUGCAUUGCAUCCCUCGGAUGGCUUGUAUUAUCGUCCCCAUCAUCUGUGUUAGUCUAAUAAAUCACUUGUCAUAAAUUACAAGUUUCUUGCGUAAAUCCCCUCCUCUCUUGUGCUAUAUUCCGUGGCGUUCUACCGUCCUGCCAUCCUAUUACCGCGAAUGAGACACGCAUGGUGUGCUUCUGACUUGACACUUGACCGCGCGGAACAAGACAGGAUCGAUGCUCGAGACAAUAUUGAUAUCCGAUAUGAAAACGACCGAAUCCUGUGUCCCUAUCCCUCGUAUCCCUAUCCCUAUCAAUAUCAGGUUGUCUCAGGGGGGAUGGACUUGACCAUUUCGUCUACUUUCUUCUGGAUAUCGGAUGCCGUCUUCAUUAAUAAGUCGACUUGUCCUUUCACGUUAUCCAGCAUCGUAGUCUUGGCUUUGCUCUGUUUGAGGAGGUCAUCUUUUUGGGAUGUGAGUUCUUUUCUUCGUUGUUCUAAUCGUUGUCUUUCAGAAAGCUCGAAGCUGAGUCUGUUAAGCAUGAGUUGGUGUUCAUUCGUUCGGACCUCGUCUGUUCGGGAUUCUUCAGGUGCAAGUUCGACGAACUCUUCAAGGGAGUGUAUUGGGAUGUCUUGAUAUAUGGACGCAAAUUGCCUACACUUCUCAAUCUCCCUCUCCAAAUGCCUCUUCUCAUACUGCAAGUUCUGUAACCCCAAAUGCGUAUGGUCCAUCACACUCCUUGCCUCACUCGUCGCCUGUUUAUGCACACGCGUAGCAGCAUUAGCAGCUC